CAUGAAUCUUACGACUCUCCGCGGCGACGGCGUUUCAUCUACUAUUAAUGUUUUCAUCACCAUGACGGGAUACAAUACAUACCACAUACACAGCCGAUGUGCUUCCUUGUAUUUAUUACUCCAACAACAAACGACAUAUAUCACUACCACGGCCAGGACAGGGAGGCAGGGUUCAAUGUCUGUCCCAGUAUACAACAUAAAUGCCAUCAUCGUCACCAUCAUCGUCACAGCAUCUGGCACAAGCAGGAGUUGGGAAAUUUGGCCGGCCUUGUUUUUUUUCUUCUCGAUUCUGACGGCCUUAUAUCCUCUUGGCUUUUCCGGCUUGACUUGGUUUUGUUCCAUACCCCUUUCCGCGCCGUUCAUGAUGGCUCUCCGUCGCGCUUUUUGACUUGUUUUUAUCAUUCCCUUCUUGGGAGUUUGAGCAUCAUGGGACUGGUUGUUUUGAGAACCAUGUGCAGCGUUGGAUGGGAGAGGUAUAAUGGAUGGGAUAGGAAGGAAGGACAUGGGAAGGAAACAGCAUAAAAUGGGAUGGAUGGAUGGGAUUGUGGAUGGAUGGCUGGAGUAGAUAUGGGAUUGACUGACAGUGAGGGGCUUUGAACCCAGGAAUUGAUACCACCUUUACGAUGACUCGAUCAUUGAUUGCAUCAUGCUGUACCUUAUGAUUGACGUGAUGUUUCAUGAUGUGUUAAUGUAUAAGGGCAAGACGACGAAGAACUAGUCCGAUGA